UCGACAAUUUCCUAAAAUCAUCUCUGUAAUGACAUUUCGCUAUUUUCCAUUUCGUAAUAUCUGUGAAGGAUAAACAAUGUAAAGCUAGACAGAAUGUUCGCGGGGGAUUCGUUCUCUUAUCGGCGCGUUGUCACUCUGAGACGUUUUAUAAGUAGGCGACGCGGCUGCCUGCCAUCAUUGUCUGUAACGACCGCGCAGUGACCACAACUGUUGUUUCGUAGUACGGAGUGAAUGUGUAUAUGACAAUGCUCGUGUUUCCGCAAUGGAGAUCAGAGUUACCUGGCGAAGGUUGCAGGGUCCCACGCUGGAUGCCCGCUGAACGUUUCGCGCCCUACCUCGCUAGGCCAAUGCCUUUGGCACCGCUUCCACCUCAGGUCGAAGAUGAAGACUCUUCUGGUGGAUCGUCACCUGAGAGGUAUGCGUUCGAGCAAAUCCCAGAUAAUCCAGAGGGGGUCUGUGGAUGGCGAGGCUGCGGCAUGCGGUUCCCGAGCGUGGCACGUCUGUCCGCGCACGUCGCGCGCACGCACGCACUGGCUCAUAGAGACGGCCUUUUCUACUGCGGGUGGAAAGGCUGUACCAGACCACAAAGGGGAUUUAAUGCAAGAUACAAAAUGUUAGUGCAUGUGCGCACUCACACUAACGAACGUCCCCACACCUGCAAUCAGUGCAACAAGAGUUUCUCCAGGGCUGAAAAUUUGAAGAUUCAUCUUCGUUCGCACUCGGGAGAAAAACCCUACGUGUGUCCUUAUGAGGGAUGCGGAAAAGCCUACUCCAACUCCAGCGACAGAUUCAAGCACACACGGACCCAUGCCGUCGAAAAACCAUACUGCUGCAAAGUUCCUGGGUGCAAUAAGCGAUACACAGAUCCGUCCAGCUUGAGGAAACAUGUCAAAACCUACAAACAUUUCACAACGGAUCAUCUAUCGAAACAAGAGCCUAGAGAGAUACAGAGCCCAGAAAACAUGCACAAAGAUAUUACACCUGAAGAGCCCCGAUCUACCCUGCACCCCUGUUUGCCGUAUAAUCAGCCAAGAACUGCUCUGUCACCCACAAUACCUUAUCCCACGAUAAUAACGGAGACGUCAAUGUCUCCGCCUCUUAGGUAUCCAGUGGAUCCAGUCUACAUUCGACCACUGGAGCCUAUUUACCAAAUAAGAGUUCCUACUGACGAAAUGUCUUAUAUGGAGUACACCCAAAUGUACGAACAUGCUUACAGGAGUUACUAUUCAAAUAUCAACUACCCUGUACCAAGACCGAGUAUUAGUGAAAAAAUGUACACGUAUGAAGACCAGCCCAAAGUUGCUGAUGUUCAUAUGCCUUCUAUUGAAGAAAGUCCAGAGAGAUUGAAUUGUGUUGAAGAAAUGCCAUUAAACCUGAUAUGCACUAAACGGAUAGAGUGCAAGCCUAUUGAAGAACUUAUCAGAAGAACCGACUUGCCAUUAGAUUUAAGUACCAAAAGCUGAUAAGUAUUUAUUAAUAAAUUAUGUUUAACUUA